UUAACAUUAAUGUCAAUUUGUGAAAGUUGGGGUUGGGGUUGUAAUUUUGCAUUUUUUUUUAAAUUUCUUAAAAUUAAAGUAGAUGCCUUUUAAACAUUAAAGUAUGACAAAUUUAUUGUAACGAAUAUUUGUAGGGCAAUUAAAAUGUUACUACACGAACGUAUUUGCCAAUGGCUGGGACAUUUGAAACUCUCUCGUGUUAUCCUGAUGGUUUCCGUGAUAUUAUUCAUAGUGCCGCUUAUUACACACUAUUAUUUAUCAAAGUAUGAAACUUCAUCCAUGUCCUCGGGGGCUAAUAAUAUGAGGCACACUCUGGAAGCGUUGGGGGAUCUAUCUACAAUGAAUGUGGUGGAUCUUAAAAUAAGGAUUGAAGAGAUGCUUCGGAUUAAGGCUUCUGUGUCAACUGAAUUGCGUGAACUAGAAGAAAGGCGGGGAAAGUUACAAAGGGAAGCAGCUGCCGCAAGUGCUAAAGCAGACAGUGUUAAAGCAGAGUAUUCUCGAGCAACAGCUGAACUGCAAAGGCUACGCGUGUCCGCAGACCAGGCACGUCUCGCGCAGCUGGAGGCUAUCCGCCGAGAUUCGCCUGAACUGGCUCCACCUGCACAGAUCCUGCCUUCACAACCGCCCCCCAUCCUUCCACCUAUCAGUUCCGCCUCUGAGGUUCACUGUCGUAUGCAUUCAUGCUUUGAUCAUUCUCGUUGUUCCCUUACCUCAGGUUUUCCAAUCUACUUCUAUGAUCCUGAAAAAUAUUUACCUCUCGCUGGUGCGGAAGUGGAUGGCUUUCUCAAGACUACUUUGCGACAAACUCUAGGCUACAAUUCUCAUUUGACGCACAAUCCUAAUGAAGCUUGUCUAUAUCUUGUCCUGGUCGGCGAAGGAUUUCCUCUGGAUAAGAGCCCCUCGUCAACAACAGAUACAUACAAGUUGUCGUUGAAUGAGAGUGCUAUUAAAAGCUUGCCGUAUUGGGGUGGCGACGGUCGUAACCAUGUGCUGUUGAACUUGGCGAGGCGGGAGCUUUCAGUGGGAUCUGGUGAUGCCUUUCAUACUGCGUCUAUUGGGCGAGCUAUGAUCGCCCAAUCUACAUUUACCAUGCAACAGUUUCGACCGGGUUUUGAUCUGGUAACUCCACCUGCCCUCGGGCCUCCAGGUGGAGAUGUAUGGUCAGAUUGUGCUCCCAUAGCACCCGCGAGACGCAAAUACAUACUUAGUUUUCAGGGUUCGCAAACACCACUGCUAACGGGAUCAAGGAUAGAUAAUGACAAAUUCGUCAUUGAAACUCUUCAAAAAACCGCGAGUUCGGCUCCGUCGUCCGAUGUGUUUUUCUUACAAUUUGAAUGCGAUCCGCCGAUAGAGAGGCGCGCCGUGAUUCCAAUUGGCGACUGGGCACUGUGCGGCACUGAUCGAUCGCGACGAUCUAUUUUGCGGGAUUCUACUUUUGUUUUAAUACUUGCCCCGGCCGACAAUAACUAUUGCACGACAGCUCUUCUCCAAGCCCGAUUAUAUGAAGCGUUGCGCUCUGGUGCUAUACCCUUAAUUUUAGGAGGGGAUCGAACCCGCUUGCCCUUCGAUGAAGUGCUCGAUUGGCGCCGAGCGGUUUUGUCCCUUCCUAAAGCCCGGGUGACGGAGUUGCAUUUUCUACUUCGAGCUUUGUCGGAUGCGGAUCUCCUCGCGUUUAGGAGACAAGGGCGGGUUUUAUGGGAGCGCUAUUUGAGCUCUGUACAGGCUAGCAUGGACUCGCUGCUCGCAACGAUAAGAACGAGGUUGAAUAUACCAGCUCAGCCGGCGAUCGCGACUCUCGGGGCGCCUGCAUUCAACGAUUCUUACUAUCCGCCAAAAUUAGAGCCACCCGCCGUCGACACCGAACCUGAAGAGACUCUCGGGCCAUCGGAAGCUCCGUACCCGAGUCCAGCCUAUCGAAGAAAUUACUCUGUAGCCCUGUUGCAUGGAUACGAAUUGUGGAAUGAGUGGGGCGAGCCGUUCGCUCUGUACCCGCAGUUGCCUUGGGAUCCGCCGGUGACGUCCGAAGCGCGCUUUAUGGGUUCUGCGGCUGGGUUUCGGCCAAUCGGCGCUGGCGCAGGUGGUUCUGGAAAGGAGUUUAGCGAAGCACUCGGCGGAGACAGGCCUAGAGAGCAGUUCACUAUAGUCAUACUGACGUACGAAAGAGAAGCAGUGCUGGCAGCGGCUUUAGCACGACUGCGAGGGUUACCAUAUCUGAACAAGGUGGUGGUGGUGUGGAACGGCGUGACGGCGCCCGCAGCGACGCAGGCGUGGCCGGAGUCAGGCGCGCCCGUCGCCGUGGUGCGAGCUUCGCGAAACUCCCUCAACAACCGCUUCCUGCCUUAUAAUGUCAUCGAGACCGAAGCCGUGUUGUGUGUAGACGACGAUGCACACUUGAGGCACGAUGAGAUCGUUUUUGCUUUUAGAGUGUGGCGUGAACAUCGCGACCGAAUCGUCGGGUUUCCUGGCAGAUACCACGCGUGGGACCUCAAUUUUAACAAUGGAUUCCUUUACAAUUCAAAUUACAGUUGCGAGCUGAGCAUGGUGCUCACAGGCGCGGCGUUUGUGCAUCGCUACUACCUGUGGGCGUACUGGCGCGCGCUGCCGGCCGCCGUGCGCGACUAUGUGGACGAGUACAUGAACUGUGAGGACAUCGCCAUGAACUUCCUCGUCGCGCACCUCACCCGGAAACCGCCCGUCAAGGUAACGUCGCGUUGGACUUUCCGCUGUCCGGGUUGUCCAGUGACGUUAUCGGCGGACGAAACACAUUUCCACGAAAGACAUAAAUGUAUACAGUUCUUCUCUCAGGUAAUGGGUUAUACACCUCUACUAUCAACGCAGUAUCGGGCCGAUUCGGUGCUAUUUAAAACGAGAAUACCUCACGACAAACAGAAAUGUUUUAAAUUUAUAUAAGUUAAUUUAAACAUUGUUCAUAUUGACAUUUAAUUACAUAACGUUAGAAUAUAUUCAGUAAGAAAUAAAUAGCCUUAGUACCUUUAAUUAUUAUUUUGGUCAUGUACACAUAACUUUUGUUUAUUGUUUAUAUAGCUACGUUUAUAAAAUAUACAGAAUAUGAAAUGUAAAUAAUAUUGAAACGAUAUUUCAUGAUGCUUAAAUGAAAAAUAAUAAUAUUGGAAUUGUUAAUACAAAAUCAUAAUGACAUUUUUGUCUUCAUGCUCUCUUUAUACAGCAGCCUAUUAUAGUCUUAAAUUGGAUCACACUAGAUAAUAUUAUGUCUUAUACCUACUGAAGUAAGUUUGUAAAUACUUGUAAUAAUUAUAAUUAUUAUGUAUUAUUAAUAAUUGCGAUCUGUCAAUAUAGUUCUACAGAAAGAUGAUUAGACACGAAGUGUCAGUUUAAAUUACCGAUAGGCACGCUUUGAAUCGGCACAAAAAUUACUGCCAUUUUGUAUGGCACACCUCUUCCAACGUAUA